ACGACGUUUGGACGUUAACGAUGAACGAUAAAGGCGCGCGGUCGCCGCGGCCACGUUGUGACGCGCGACACGUGUUUGCGUUCUCGGGUAACGAAGAAAAGGCGCGUGUCUGUGCCGCGGGAGCCUCUGCCGCUGCAAACACGAAUUAGGCGCGCGCGGCGCUCGCGGGACCGGGGACUCACACACACACGCACACACGCGCACACACACGCACACACGCGCACACACACACACACCGCACGGAGGAGCAGGACCACGCUGCUUCCUGCAGGCUCCCGAGCUCGACAUGGAUACGGGGCGUUGCUUCAGUGGUCCGGAGGCGCUCGAGGACUCCCGCCAUGCUCUGACGCUCAUAAAGCAGCUGAAGUGUUUCUACGACUCGCAGCUCCUCGCCGACGUUACCAUCGAGGUGCUCGCGGAGCAGGACCCGGUGGGGCCCGGCGUGGCCUCCGGAGCGUCCGCGGGGAAACUCUUCCCGUGCCACCGCAACGUGCUGGCCGCCGCGAGCGCGUACUUCAGGAGCAUGUUCACGGGGGGGCUGCACGAGAGCUCCCAGAGCAAGGUCUCCAUCCGCGGCGUGGACGCGGACUCCAUGGCCGCGAUACUCGACUACUGUUACACGGGCAAGGUGGCGGUGACGGAGAGCAGCGUGCAGAGGCUGUACGCCGCGGCCAACAUGCUGCAGCUGGACUAUGUCCGGCAUGCCUGUGCUGACUUCAUGACCAGAAGGCUGGACAUCUCCAACUGUGCAGGGAUUUUGAAAUUUGCAGACACAUUUGACAAUCUUGACCUGAAAAGUAAAGCUCAGGCAUUCAUAGCAAAACAUUUCGCCCAACUUAGCGCAAGUGGUAAGGAGCUGUGUGAACUGGACAUGAAACAAAUGAAAGAGAUCCUUACUCUGGAUUCCCUAGACGUGGACUGUGAGAGGAAAGUGUGCUCUGUUGCAGUGCACUGGAUUGAACGUAACUUGCGUGCUGAAACGGAGGAUGCGUUGCACAUCCUGAAAUGCGUCCGAUGGCCGCUGUUCACGGAGAAGGAUAGGGUUUACAUGGACAGCCUUAAGUCCAAGCCUUUUAUACAGAAACAUCUUUCUAGUUUGCUAGAUCUGACCAGCACUGGAGACAGCAGUGUGAUUUCAAAAGGCAUGCAUCUCACAAAACAGAGAAUUGGAAAAUCUGCAAAAGAAAUGGUCCUGUUCUUUGGGCGACCAAAUGAACCUUUCAUGUGUUAUGAUCCUUAUACAGAAGAAAUCUACUCCAUGGCUUCCCCUGUGAUUAAUCUCAGCAGUCAGAACUUCAAACGUCCUCCCAUGGAGACAUUUUUAGUCUGUGCAACACCAGAGAAUAACCUGUAUCUGGCCUCACACCUGUCAAAGAAUUUCUGGGUUUAUAACGCUUUGUUGAACUGUUGGCAGGAGCUGGCUGAGAGACUUCUAGGGAGGCUGCAUUCAUAUAUGGGCUACCUCAGUGGGCACCUUUACAUUCUGGGUGGCAGAGACCCUGUAUCUGAUGCCAGGCUGAAGGAGGUGGAGUGUUAUAGUAUUCAGAGAAACCAGUGGGCAUUUGUUGCCACUCUGCCUCACUCCUUAGGAAAGAUGCAAGUUGUGACAGUCAAUGAGAGACUUUAUGUGGUGAACAAGAGGCGAAUGCUGUGCUAUGAGCCCCAGCUAAACCACUGGACCCAGCGUGGCUCCUUAAAACGCAACAAGCUCCACAGAGCCUGCGUCUUUCAGGAGCAGAUCAUCUGCCUGUGCGACAUCCCAGUGGUGAAAGCAUACAACCCUACCCGAGGGGAAUGGAGACGCAUGGGGGACAUUCCCAUGGACAGCAGUGCCCUCAACUACCAGGUGGUGCAGCACAACAACAAACUGCUGCUGCUGACUCUGGCCAUCGUACACCACAACAAGAACAGGCUUGUGGUGCACGAGUAUGACCCCCUUAGAGACACGUGGAACAAUGUGGUGACCAUGUUUGGGUGUUCAUUUGGGUCCUUGAGUCUGUCUGCCCGCAUGUACACAGCAUGCCUCAGCUCUGGACACGGCUUCGUUACGGAGGAGGAUGACGACAGCGGCUCCAGUGUAGACUGGGACUUUGAUGGGUUGACUGACGCAGACUCAGAUUCUGGAAGCUCAAGCUCUUUUUCAGAUGAGAAUUGGUAGAAAACCUCAUAUCUGGCACUUGUUGUGUCAAAUGCAGCGCUUUACAUAGGAGAUAAACAAGGUAUUACAACCCUUUCUGAAGAUAUAUGUGUUACUAAACUGUAAUUAUAUUACUUGUCUAGCCAUAAGUUACUUUUUACCAAUUGUGUACCAGUAGAGGGGAUGUAAUGUUACUUGAAUUGACAUGGUAUUUGUAUUAGAAUUAUAUAAUCAUACGGUACUGUGAUUACAAACGUCUGAAGCUGAUAAAUUAUUUUCUCAGGAUUAUAAUGCCAAUUUGGUAAAAUGCUGUUAGUGUAUGAACAGUGUCAGUUGUUUAUGCAGCUACAGAGCAGUAUUAAUACACUUUUGAGUAAUGAAAAUUUACAUUUUGUUUUAUUCUUGCUAUAUAUAUUUGCUUGUUAUAUUGAGACAAACUAUAUUUUUCCAUCAUUUUGUGCAUUUGUCUGUAGAACAUGAAUAUUUGCCCUAUUUAUAGCCUCUGUUUGGACCUAAAUAAAUAUCCUUUUUUUCUGUU